CGUAUUAAGGCCGUCGCAGACCAACUUGCUGCCUCAGGGAAUAACAUUUCUGAUAAGGAAAAGGUGCAGCAAACCUUGAAUGGACUUGGGCAUGAUUAUCAUGCUUUUAUUACAGCUCUUGAGGUCCUUCCUGUUCUGCCUUCCUUCAACGAACUACAAGGUAAACUUCUCCAACAUGAAAUGAAUAUGAAAAGAGUCAUUGAAAGGACUGAUCAAGGGAACUCCCAAAAUGUGUUGGCUAUGAAUGUAAAGUUUGGUAAGAGCCAUGGGAACACCAACCAUGGUGGUCGUGGCAUUCUACCAACACCACAUAACCAAGGUAUUUCUCCUUUGGAUACUUCAAGAAAAAUACCAAUUUGUUUUCAGUGCAACAAGAAAGGACACAUGAAGGCACAAUGUUGGUUUAAUCCUCAAAAUAAAAACAAAGGAGUAAGACAUGAUUAUAAACAAGGAGGACAAAGUUCUAAAUCCACCGCUGAAGAUAUGCAACAGCUAUUGAUGGCCGCAUUCUCAAAGAUGACUAUAAAGCAAAAUGAGCAGGGAGAAUGGUUCUUGGAUUCAGGUGCAGCUACCCAUGUGACAGGAAAUGCAGGACCUCCAAACGAAGAAAAUGUUCGCUAGAGGGGAGCGUCAAGGGAAUAUGUACGUCCUCAAGGAAUGUCUACCCAAGGAUUCAUCCACUUUUGAUAUAGGAUUGAAG